AAAACAUGGCGGACGUAGAGAAGGAAGCAGUUUAUUUUCAGUUUGAGAAAAACUGCCGCACGCACAUUUAGCACCACAAAGUAAUUAAGGUGUAUUUCGCACAUACAGUUUCUUUCAAAAAUGGAACGAGCAAAUUUUUAGCUUGAGACCCAGCCUAACGUCAGAAAUAUGAUUGACCUAAAAUGGAUAUAUUAUCAAAGAAAAUUCUAAAUAAAAGUGCUGUAUAAGAGUCAGUUUUCACAUAAACAGGAAAAACAUGGCUGAAAAUUCAGACAUGACAAAUAGUAGUGUUAGACAAUUAGCUCCUGGUCAAUUAAAAAAUAUUCGUGAGAUGUUUGAAUCCAAGUCAGACAGUCCAGAGCAAAUUGGAAUUUCUGAAAAAGGUAUAAACCACAGUAGACCACAAUUGACACGACCCCGACCACUGUCAACGGUGUCGAUCAAGUCAGAUACCAGGAAAUCAAAGGAGCAGGAGAACAAUCGGACUCGUCCUCCAAGACCAGCUACAACACUGUUCAAACAGUCCCCAUUAUCAAUGCCCUCUACUGCUGCCAGAAAAGUAAAGGAAGGAGAACCUGCCCCUCGAAAUUUAAAACCAGUCCGUAAAAAAUCCAGAGCAAAAAGUGAUGUCUUUGAGUCUUCAGAAGCUGUUGUGAAAGCUGUGAAUAUGAUGAACAAUCAAGGCAAGGUUACACCUGUGCCAAGGGAACGUAGUCCGAGAGCAAGUUCUCACACCAGGAAUGCUUCCUUGGGUACUAUAGAGUUGAAACUCAAAUCUACAACAGAUGAAAGUGUUUCAGAUAUUGUGUCAAAAAGGACAAAAAUGUUUGAAUCUGCUGAUCUAUCCAAACAAACAGAACAGAAACAAUCCAAUAUUGUUUUGAGGCCAACACCUCCAAUUAGGCCGCGGUCCAGGCCCACGAGUGGGUCUAGUGAUGGUGAUCCUGAACUCCCUAAAACUGUUAACAGCCCUAGUGUGACCUACUGUAGUCCCUGGGAUAUUGGCAAAAGUGUUCUGACUAGUCCACCCCCUCCCCCAAAGAAACCCCCACGCACAGGUGCUCAUGAUGACUAUCUCAGGGUAAAAGUUAAUCCUGAAAGUGAAAAAUUAAAGGAGGAUGAGAUUGUAAUCAGACCUAAUAUUUUGUAUGAAAGUAUUGAAGACAUUCAGAAUGAAAAGAAAAAGUCUGAAGAAAAGGAGAAAAAUAUACCUAAAGAGAAACCUGGACCUGUGUACAGAAAGAUAGUAAGAAUCAAAACGGACCAGGAUGAUGAGACUAGCUCAAGAAAAGAGGAAGAUGUUGUUGAAGAUCAUGAGAACAGACCAAAGAAACCCACACGUCCUCCACCUCCAAGAACAAGACCGAUGUCUAUUGCUUCAGACAAUUUUACUGAUUUCUCUUUUGAAAAACAAGCUAAAGAUCCUAAACAGAAACCAAUUAUUCCAAAGAAACCUACUUCACCUAAUGGAGAUCCAAGUGUUAGUAGUCCAUUUUAUGAGGAUAUGAAAAUAAAACAUGUGGAUUUAGAUGACAUUAAGCACUGGGAUUUACCUGGCACACCUGUGAGGAGGAAUCAGAUGAGGAGAAGUGUAAGUGCCGAGUGUGUAGCAGACAAGAAAGAUGAUAUGCUUGGUGAAGCGGUGUAUGUGGACCCUGUACAGUUCCGGGAUGACAUUUAUGUAGAUUCUGGGGGUUAUGCAGUGCCCUACAAACAUAGAAAUCUGCAGCAGGCAAAGUCCCUAGAACCAGGGCAGCAGUUCUGUAAGUAUCAAUAUUUACCAACCCCUCUCAAUUUUAGAAGAAGAUGCCUGAAUUCUAAAUGCAGGCCAAUCAGUGAAGCAGUGAAGUCAAAGUUUGGAAAUCUGAAAAAGCUCCUAAAAACAGAGUCACCGAGCAAAAGCAAACAAGAAGAUGUCAAAAGUUCAAAGAAAAAGCUGGAGAGUGUACGGUUGAAGAUCAGUCUAGCCUUUUCUGUGGUCCGCGCUAUGCAGCAAAAGACAGAGGAAGGCAGUUUGGAUGAGGAAACACCAGAGCAACCAUCAGAGAAUGACAGUUUGGUUGAUGUGUCUGAGAUCGUCAAGAGGAAAGAACACUGUAACCUUGUGAGGAAGAGGACGAUGAAGAGUGUGCGGGGCUCUCGGAGGUACCAGGAUUCGACCAAGUACUCCCAGAUGUUUGACUAUGGACUAAUUGUUGGUCUUGAGGAGAAAGAGGAGCAAGUUGGCUAUAAACCAAAAAUUCUCUACAAAUUUCCUGAUAUGGCUGACAGUAAUGUAUCUGUUCCCGAGUUCUGUUUCCCUGAUGCAGCUGAGUUUGAUGUGAAGUCAGCUUCUCCAGCAGCCCCAAGUGAAUCCUACUCCUUUGUGUUGACUAAUGUGGAGGGAGGACGAAUAUAUGGAUAUUGCCGUAGACUUGUGCCGUUAGAGACACCAGCGGGUCUGUCUGAGGUCAUCUGUAUCAUCAGCCCUGUAGAUGCCUUCAGUAUGUACAACGAGCUGUUGGAUGAUAUUGAGCAGAGGAGACAACACUCGUUAUACCACGCCCAGGAGCUGAUGGCCGCUGCUUUUGGUCGUCCCAUGCCUGAUCCUGGAAAAGUGGUGCAAAUACGAUCACUGGAUGAGCAUGGAGAAAUGAGAACGCAGUUCCUUACUCGGCCAGAAGAUAACAGAAUAGAUAAUGCAAACCGUGAAUUUUUACUAUCCAGAUUAGGAGUGGAUAAACUGCUUAAGAUAUUUGCUUGUAUUCUCUUGGAGAGAAGUGUUUUGCUUUGUGCCAAAAACCUUAGUACGCUGUCCCAGACCAUCCAUGCCCUAGCUUCAUUACUGUAUCCAUUCCACUGGCAACAUGUCUACAUCCCUGUACUACCGGAGAGCAUGCUGGAGGUGUGCUGUUCCCCGACCCCCUACCUCAUUGGAAUCCUGUCUUCUCAUGUACAACGUGUACAGGAGUUACCCCUCAGUGAUAUUGUGAUAUUUGACCUGAACAAGAAGCAGAUGAUCCGUAGUAAUGGUGAUGAAGGAACACUGAUCCCCAAACUCAUCCAAAAGGCUAUGAAGACCGCCCUCAACAUGUGUAAAAAUGACUCAGAUGCGUCCAGUGCCAAGAAUCUCAUGGUAUCAGAAGUGUUUCUGCGAUUCUUUGUGGAAGCAAUUGCCCAUUUUGCAGAACACAUUAAUAAUCAACAAGAUGGUAAAAAAGUAUUUGUAAAGGAGAGCUUUAUCCAGGGGGCGCCCACGGAGGGCAUACAGCAGUUCCUCGAAUGGUUCACAGAGACGCAAAUGUUUGAAGUGUUCAUCACACAGCAAGUGGAGAAAAGCAAGCCGAGCAAGGGCAGCAACACCAUGGGUAAGACAAGACAUGACUUCAGGAAGGAGAGCUUUAUCCAGGGGGCACCCACGGAGGGCAUACAGCAGUUCCUCGAAUGGUUCACAGAGACGCAAAUGUUUGAAGUGUUCAUCACACAGCAAGUGGAGAAAAGCAAGCCGAGCAAGGGCAGCAACACCAUGGUAUUCCGGUAUGAUGUUACCUGUCUGGUGAAUGUCUCCCCAGUAUUCCGGUAUGAUGUUACCUGUCUGGUGAAUGUCUUCCCAGUAUUCCGGUAUGAUGUUACCUGUCUGGUGAAUGUCUUCCCAGUAUUCCGGUAUGAUGUUACCUGGCUGGUGGAUGUCUCCCCAGUAUUACGGUAUGAUGUUACCUGUCUGGUGGAUGUCUCCCCAGUAUUCAGGUAUGAUGUUACCUGGCUGGUGGAUGUCUCCCCAGUAUUCCAGUAUGAUGUUACCUGUCUGGUGGAUGUCUCCCCAGUAUUACGGUAUGAUGUUACCUGGCUGGUGGAUGUCUCCCCAGUAUUCGGUAUGAUGUUACCUGGCUGGUGGAUGUCUCCCCAGUAUAACGGUAUGAUGUUACCUGGCUGGUGGAUGUCUCCCCAGUAUUACGGUAUGAUGUUACCUGGCUGGUGA